GUACGUAAUCUAAAGGGAACUGUGUGCUUUUGCUCAAGCGCUCUAUGAAAUCUAAUACAGGUUGGAAGUGCGUGCUUAAGCGUUGUACGUAAUAUAAACGGUGUGAUCCUAUCAUAACUGCUCCUCUGCUGGGGACGCUUCGGGCAGAGGGCGUGGGCAGACCGUAUCGGUAUUCGUACAAAGAAUUCGGCACAAAAUAUUUAAAUAAACACACACACACAUAGAGGAGAGGAAAUAAAGCCAGGGCUAAGAUAGUCGAGGCAAAGUAACCUUUAAGCAGGAGGAGCAAGGAUGUGGAAAUCUGCCACAGGGCACAAAGUGUCCGCAGCCAAGGUGGAAGAGACAGGGGCGGAUGACUGGGAGACUGACCCUGACUUUGAGAACGAUGUUACAGAAAAGGAACAGCGCUGGGGAGCUAAGACCGUGGAGGGAUCUGGACGUCAAGGACACAUCAGCUUGGACAAGCUCCGUGAAAAUGUGUCCAAGGAUCACCAGGCCAUCAAAGUGAGCGAGCAGAAGGCCGGACCCAAGGCGUCGCACGGCUACGGUGGAAAGUUCGGUGUGGAGCGUGACCGCAUGGACAAGUCGGCCGUGGACCACACCUACAUGGCUGAAACCACGAAGCAUGCCUCCCAGACCGACGCCGCCAAGGGGUUCGGAGGCAAGUUCGGCGUCCAGACGGAUCGUAUCGACAAGUCUGCCGAGCGGUUUGAUUAUAAAGCAGCAGCGGCGGCGCACUCUUCGCAAAAAGACUGCGCCCAUGGUUUCGGUGGCAAGUUCGGUGUGCAGCGAGACCGCAUGGACACCGCGGCCCUGGGCUGGGACCACAAGGAGGCUGCGUCCACGCAUGAGUCCCAGACCGACCAUGCCAAGGGAUUUGGAGGAAAGUUUGGAGUCCAGACCGACAGGGGUGGAUACGCGGCCUCCUUCCAGGACAUGGAGGGACCAAAGACCAACUACCAGAAGACCAGGCCCGUGGAAGCAGCGAGCUCCGGUGCCCGGAACAUCCGUGCCAAGUUUGAGAACCUCGGCAAGGCCAAGGAGGAGGAGGAGCAGAGACGAGCGCAGGAGGAACGGGAGAGACGCCGGGCCCGGGAUCGCGAGGAGAGGGAGCAAGCCGCCCGGCAGCAGCAGCAGCAGCAGGCUGCUAUAAAGGACGCUGAGCCGGUGGUUCCUGCGAAGGCGAGCGAGGCUGCGCGUUUCCAUGUGCCUCACAGCAGCGUGAACGAGAUGCGUGACAGCUACGGUCCGGAACCUCCUCAGCAAACGGAAACCUUGUACGAGAUAGAACCCGGGUCGGAAUUCCGACCCCCACCAGAACUUGCUUACGAGCCAGAACCUGCUUACGAGCCAGAACCUGCUUACGAGCCAGAUCCAGCUUACGAGCCAGAACCUGCUUACGAGCCAGAACCUGCUUACGAGCCAGAACCUGCUUACGAGCCAGAACCUGCUUACGAGCUAGAACCUGCUUACGAGCCAGAACCAGCUUACGAGCUAGAUUCAGCUUACGAGAUAGUAUCUGAGUACAAGACAGAUCCUGCAUACGAGACAGAUCCCACUUACGAGCAGGAUCCUGCCUACAACACCGUGGAGGAGAUCCAGUUGCAGCAGCAGGAGGAAGGUGCGACAGCUGUUGCCAUCUACGACUACCAAGCAGCCGGCGACGAUGAGAUCUCCUUCGAACCGGACGACAUCAUCACCAACAUCGAGUGUCUGGACGAGGGCUGGUGGCGUGGCGAGUGCAACGGUCAAGUCGGGAUCUUCCCGGCGAACUACGUCGAGCUGCGGCAGUGAUUCCCGGGGGGCGACGUCAUCCUCUUUUCCACUCGCCACACCUGAGCCGGGCUGGGGUUGUCCUGAGCCAGCCCGGCACUGCUCAGGAGACACCGGGUGGUUUAUCGACUGCAGAGCCCGAGCCAUCGAGAUGACGCGGUGACGCUAAACUAAACUAAACUAAACUAUUUUUUUUAUUUCACCAGGUAAGGCCCACUGAGCUAUGUAGCUCUUUUUUUUCACAAGCGACCUGGCAACAAAUGAUAGCCCAGCAAAGUGGCUUAUCACGUG